AGACCACUGAUGGAGCAGUGGCCAAUAGGCUCUGGGGACAGUCUACGUAAUGUUUCCGUGUGUUUCCUCCUGGCCCUCUCCUGAGGCCCCGUCGCCCUGUGGCCAUGCCCCCCUGCCCACACACACUCACACACAGCCCCUGCUGUGCAGCGGCCUUGCCCCAACGAUGAACCCUCACCCCCACCCUGUCCCAGACUACAUGGAGUCCCUCAUUGUGGUGACCGAGUACGAGCCCAAGGGGGGUGAGGAGGUGGAGGACAUGGACAGCUCCGAGACCCCUGAGCCUGGCGCACCCCUCUUCAGAACCCCCUCCUGCGACCAGCUGUCCCACGCUGUGGGCCGCCCCGUGGCCCUGUUCCCCAAGCCCCAGGAGCACCGGGGAAGACUAAACCUGUCGGACAGGAAGCUGUCCCUGCAGGAGCGCUCCCAGACGGCCUCGUCUCCCUGCGGCUCCCCAGGGCUCAACGGCCGCUUCAUCUACCCCUCGCUUCCCUACUCGCCCAUCACCUCGCCCCACUCCUCCCCCCGGCUGCCCCGUAGACCCACCGUGGAGUCUCACCGCGUCUCCAUCACUGACCUGCAGGACUGCGUGCAGCUCAACCAGUACAAGCUCAAAGAUGAAAUCGGAAAGGGCUCAUAUGGUGUUGUCAAGCUGGCCUACAAUGAAGAUGACAACACCUACUAUGCAAUGAAAGUGCUGUCCAAGAAGAGGCUGAUGAGGCAGGCAGGUUUCCCACGGAGACCGCCACCCCGAGGCGCCAAAGCAGCCCCUGAAGGCCUCCCUCAGCCCAAAGGACCCCUGGAACGGGUCUACCAGGAGAUUGCCAUCCUGAAAAAGCUGGACCAUCCCAAUGUAGUGAAACUGGUAGAGGUUCUGGAUGACCCUGGUGAGGACCAUCUGUACAUGGUGUUUGAGCUGGUCAAACAGGGGGCUGUGAUGGAGGAGAUGCCCACGGACAAGCCGCUGAAUGAAGACCAGGCACGGUUCUACUUCCAAGACCUGCUCAGGGGGAUUGAGUUCUUGCAUUACCAGAGGAUCAUCCACCGGGACAUCAAGCCCUCGAACCUCCUAGUUGGGGAGGACGGUCAUAUUAAGAUCGCUGACUUUGGGGUCAGUAACCAGUUUGAGGGGGCAGACGCCCUUCUGACCAGCACGGUGGGCACGCCCGCCUUCCUUGCCCCAGAGACCAUCUCCGAGACCAGGAAGAACUUCUCUGGCAAGGCAUUGGAUAUUUGGGCCAUGGGAGUGACGCUCUAUUGUUUCGUGUUUGGAGUGUGUCCCUUUAUGGAUGAACGCAUCCUUAGUCUUCAUCAGAAGAUCAAGACCCAGCCAGUGGAGCUGCCAGAGCAUGCAGACAUAUCUGACGAUCUGAAAGAUCUGCUACUGAAGAUGCUGGACAAGAAUCCAGAGAGCAGGAUAUCAAUACCACAGAUUAAGGUGCACCCGUGGGUGACGAGGCGCGGAGCUGAACCCCUCCCUCUGGAGGAUGAUAACUGCUGCAUGCUGAUUGAGGUGACCGAGGAGGAGGUGGAGAACUCUGUCAAACACAUCCCCAGUCUGGCCACUGUGAUCCUGGUGAGGACCAUGCUGAGGAAGCGCUCCUUUGGGAACCCCUUUGACUGGGGCCGUCAGAGGACCGAGGACAGAGGCACCAGUCUGUCUGCACCGGGACACAUGCUGACCAAAGGGAGAAUGGCCAAUGUGAGAUACUGCUACAUUCAUAGUAACCAAAGAAGGAAACAAGAGAGCAUGGAGGGCAUGAGAAGUAUGGACCUGCCCUUCGUGGGAGAGGAUGAGGCUCUUUCCUGAUGCUGUGUGGUUUUUAAGCGUGAGGGUUGGGGCAUGCUAGCGACUCGACUUGCAGUCCGCCCUCAAGCCCACGCUUCACUCACUGCUUUAUGCUGUGGCGGCCACCAAUGUUUUUUUUUUUUUAGGUGGACGGGACUGUUGGAAGAGCUCCAGGACUUGUAUAGAGACGUGACUGGAGCCUGGACACCCUUCUGGGGGAAGCUCCCUCAUUGUCACUCACUAACCCCUUGUCUGUAAUGCAUGCUCAUGUUUCUAGGCAUAGCAUGCUCUGUCUCAGGCCUCUGAUGUACAGGUCUGUUAGCCUAGGUACCUGUGUUUCUCCACACUCUCCACCAUUUGAAAAGGCUCUCACGUGUAAUGCA